ACAUCACUCGGCCAACGUUGCUGUCCCGCUUUCCGACUGUGAGGGUAUCAUACGCUUUGAGUCAGCUUCACUUUGGACAGGGAAGAGACCGUUUCCUAAAAGGCAGGGGCAUUUUUACUUGUGCAUACAUUUGUGUCCUUAGUGAUGCAUUUGGAGCCGUAAACAGAGAAGAGAAAUGUCUACUGCAGAGUCAGAACAGGAUAAACAGCCCAUCAGUGCUGUGAAAGGGCAAGUGGGAGAUGUGAAUGAUACAGUUUCUUCGGGAAAAGAUGAAUCUGUUGAUCUAACACCACCCACAGAAGUGACAAAGACUACCUCUGAAACAGAAAUUAAGGCUAAUGACUCAACUGUCACUGAAGCAGAGUCAGCAAAGAAGGGUGAUGAAGAAAAAACAGAAAAUUAUGCACAGAACUCUGAAGUUGUUGUUAAUGGUGAUUCGAGUGAGGGCCAUGAAAAUGGCUCACCCUUAAAUAGAGAAUCAAAUGAAACUACUCAAAAGGAUGAGGAGAAACCUGCAGAUAGAAGUGAACUUGAUGAAAGCAAUGUUGUCACUAUACCCAUUGACUCUCCAAGAGAAGAAGACAAAGUAGAGACUGUUCCAGUGAAAGUAGAAGAAGCUGUUCCUAAAAAUAAAGAAGGAGAAGAAGCAGGAGAUGAAAACAGUGUGGAACAAAAUGAAAAUCAGUCUUCAGAAGAAAGUGCUGUUGCUGUAACAGAAGUAGAGGCUGCUGACAGGAAAAGAGCUGUGACCAUUGACAAUCCAAGUGAUAUGAAGGAACUGGCUGAAAAGAGUGGGGAGUCGGCUAAAGAAGAUGCAAAUAAGUUGUCUGCACAAGAAAAGUCAAGAACUCUGGGGGACAUUCAGGGAAGUGCUUCAACACCAUUAAAAGAGGAUGUUGCUGCUAGAUCACAAACAGUCUGGUACACUAACGAAGCAAAUGGAUCAACAGCAGAAUGUGAAUCAGCUGAAGAGACAAUUAGUUAUUCCACCAGUAUUGUAGGAGGAGUGGUUCAUAGAACACCAAUCCAGUCAAACUCACCUAAAACACUUCACAAGCAGAAAGAAGGAAGUCCUCAGCUCUCUUCAUCGAAGAAGAGAUCUGUCAUAGAUUCUCUAUUCAGACGACAUAAGAAGUCCAAAGGUGAUCCGGAAAGUCCCCCUGAGACCACACCCAAUGAAAGAGAUUCUGCAUCCAGUCCUAGUGGUGCUGAUACGGAUACUGCAAAGGACAGCAAUGAGUUAUCAGAGGAAAACGAAGAGACGGGAGGUGCUCAAAACGUGGAUACUGACCAGGGGGCAGCAGGAGACGUCAAAUCUGCUGCGGCAGAAGAGGGUGAAGAUAGUGAUGUUAAACCACAGCUACCUGAACCAGCGGAAGAAGCUACAGUGGAAGAAAAGGAACAAAGUAAUGAUGGUGUUAAGGAGGAAGAAGCAGAAACGAACAAGGAAUCAAAGGUAGAGGAAGGUCGGGUGGAGUCGCAGGAUGAGAAUGAGGGGUCAGCACCCGUAGAAGGUGCAAAGGACAAUGAUGAGACAAGUCCUGAAGCCCUCAAGGAUGAAGAGCCAAAGGAGCCAGCUGAAGCCCUCAAGGAUGAAGAGCCAGAGGAGCCAGCUGAAGCCCUCAAGGAUGGAGAGCCAGAGGAGCCAGAAGAAAUAAAGGACUCUGUCAAGAGAGCUCACACUGAUAAUCCUGAAGAAGAGGAAACAAGUCCACCACCUGCAGCAAAGAAAAAGAAAACCAUUUUUGGUGGUUUCUUUACGAAACGCAAGGGCAAGAAAUCAAAAGGUGAAGACACGAGUUCUCAAGAUAAGGCAAAAGACGAGAAAGAUGAUAUACCGGACGAGGAGCCUCGACCUGUGGAUGAUACUACACCGGCAGCUGAAGUAGAAGGAGUGGAGAUGUCAGACGAUGGAAAAGACCAGUCUACACCAACUGAAACGGAUGAUAGCACUGCUACUGCACAGCAAGAGGUAACAGUGGAUGUGAUUACUCCAGCAGUAGAUCAAGCUUUAGAAAGUGCUCAAGAGGAGGCAGUAACCGAGGGCAAAGUUGAUGAAAAUACUGAGGGGAAAGAGGAGGAUGUUACUAAGGCAGGGGAACCAAGUACGAAAGUGGAUGAUACACCUGAAGGUAACAAGAGGUCUUCAGAGGAUUCUUUGCAUUCUGGGGGUGCUGAGACCAAGGUCAAAAAAGAAGAGACAGAGGAGAAACAUGUGACAACUCAAGAAACUCAACCUAAGAAAAAGAAUUCGUUUUUUGGUGGGAUUUUGGCUCGGCGGAAGAGCAAGAAAACGAAAGGUGUUGACGAGGACCCUGCCGUCGAAACAUCGCAACAGGAAGAGGAUGAUAAGGUGGAAGAGGAGCAAGGUGAAAGCACGUCAACUGAUGAUGCUAAACCACAUAGCGCUGAAGUCAAAGAGACGCCAGAGAAUGGGCAAGGGCAAGGUGCAACACCGGAUUCAAGUGAUGCCAUUCCUGCUGGAGAGAAAGAAGUAGUAGAGCCUGUGAUACGUCCCGCAGCAGAUGAACCGGUGGAAAGUGCGAACGAAGAAGGAGCCGAGGCUGAUAAAGAUAAUAGUAAUGUUGACGAACAAGAGACAAAAGGUGUUGAGGCACAAACUACAACAUCAGGAGAUGACGAGAAGUCUUCAGAAGACGCUGUACAACCUAAAGAGGCCGAGGCUGUUGAUGGGAGAAAGGAAGCAGAGGAAAAGACUGUCACAAUUCAAGACAACCAACCACAGAAGAAGAAAUCGAUUUUUGGUGGCUUCUUUGCCCGGCGCAAAAGCAAGAAAUUAAAAGAUGAUAGUUCGAGCCCUUCUGAAGACAAAUUGCACGAGAACGACAGCGACAAAGUAGAAGAACACAAAGAUGACGGUGUGUUAACCACACCUGUAGAUGACACUACACCCAAUGCAGAGGAAGCAGGGAAGACAGUGGAGAGCAGUGUUGAGACAGGGACAGAGCAAAUUGGGGCAGAUGACACUAUACCCCAUGUAGAGGUAGCAGGGAAGAAAGUGGAAAGCGGGACAGAGCAAAAUGCGGUGCUCGGAGCAGGUGACGCCACUUUCACUGCGCAGAAUGAAGUAGCGGAAGAUGUGAUCAGUUCAGCAGCAGAUCAAGCUGUAGAAAGUGCCCCGGAAGAGACUCUAGUGAAGGAGAAAGCCGAUGAUGAGAUUGGAGGACAGGAGUCAGAGGUGGCAGAGGAGGGUGAGCCAAGUAACCAAGAACUGGAACCUGUAGUGGCUGUGGAGGUUCAGAAAUCUGCAGAAAAUGAGAGUGGAAUAGAAAAUGAUAAAGCUACAGUUAAAGAUUCACCCGAGCCCACAGUGGAAGAGCUGACUUCGCCUGAAGCGGAAGAAGCUCAGGACAAAGCAGAUACAGCUUUAAAGGAGCGACAGGCACUCAUGAAAGGUUCACACAGCCCCAAGACUCGCCGCAUGCAGAUGAGGAUAAGUUAUGCUGAGACGAAUGGAGAAGGUGGUCGAGAAGUCGAAGUGAUUGGUACACCAGAACAAGAUGCUGAAUCACCUAUACACAAAGGUAAAACACCUCCUGACCAGCGAAUAUCGUGCCGGGCUCUAGGAGAGGCUGAUCACGAAGGAUGGCUAAUAAAGAAAGGAGGUCCUUUCUUCUUCGCGAGCUGGAAGCGUAAGUGGGUGGUGUUGAAGGACGGAAAACUGUAUUACUUCAAAACUGCUUUCGACCCAGAGGCCAGUGGAAUUAUUAACAUGCAAGGAAUAACUGUGGUUCCAGCCCCUGAAACUAAAAAGAGCUUCUGUUUCAAAUGUGAGCAGUCGGGUCCCAAACCUCAAGUGUUCCUAUUUAUGGCUGAAAGUAAAGAAGAAAUGGAAAGAUGGCUGUCUGUGUUGACGGCUGCUUCCAAAGGAGAAGCUAUACAAAAGACUAAGCAGCAGCAACUGGCGGUCAAGGAUGAAGUAGUCAUGCGCAAGAAGUCAGGAUCAAUCAGUUCAGCACAGAGAACGAGUUCUGUACUUGCUUAUGGAGGGCGUCAUAGCCUUAUAGAAGACGAAGACGAUUCAAAGUCUGCGAGGAGGAGGUCUACUCCAGGCUCUUUCUCAAAAGUACCACAACUGACAGAGACAGAGGAGAAAGAAGAGACAAAAUCUGUACUCUUUGAAACAGAACCGCUACAGAGUAGUACAGAGCCAGUUACGGAACCCACAGAGGAGAAGCAAAAGGAAACAAGCGAAAGUGGAGAUGGCCAAUCGUCGGAAAAGCGUGAAGCUUCCGUGGAUGAAGUUGUAGUAAGUGGAGGGCAGGUAGUCCUAGAGUCUUCAACACCUGUUGAGAUUUCUCCUGAAAAAGACGCCCCGCCCGUGGAUAGCUCGGGCGAGGCUGCCUCCACUGAAGCUGCGCCUGAAGGGGACAAGCCAGACGCAGGAGCCUCGCCUGAAGUGGAAGAGCGAGACAAAGGAGCGGUUGACGCAGAGGAGAAGAAAAAACCUGAGUAUGCUCGGCCCGAACAAGAAUCAGCCGGAUCAGCAGUUGACACAACGGACGGAGAUAGAAGCGUCGUCACGACAGAGAGCUCUGUUACUGUCGUGGAGACAGCAGAAACAACCUCAGUAGUCUCCGAGAAAGUUGAGACUAUAGUGUCAGUGGUUAAAACGGAGGUAACAGAAGUUACACAUUCUGAGUAUCAAACGGAAACAGUUGAGGUGGAACAGGAUACCAAGGGAGAUGUCUUCGAAACGAGCCCGACGGAGCCUGACGCCAGUGAACCAGUUUCCCCAUCAAAAACCAAAUGGUACUUUACCCUAGACAGACAGGAGUCAUGGUCUGUGGCGACCGAGACUGAGGAAAAGAAACCUCCGGUACAUAAGAAGUCUUCCAGCUCGGUUAGCGACAAAGGAUCGAUUAGGAGCGACAGAUCAUCGAUUAAGAGCGACCAAGGAUCGGUAAAGUCCUCUUCGGAAGAUGAUCAGCUUUUGGUCUUGUGUCGAAGUAUCAAAAAAGCGCGAUUGUCGAUAGUAGGUGACCGGAUGUGGGAGGGUCCGGAUAGACUACGGGCGUGGUCAACUGUGAAGGAUAAUUCAGAGGAACAAGCAUUUGUCAGACUCAAGACCUUGGAAAGAACUCUCAAGGACAAAGAAAAGCAUCUGUCAGAACUUGAAGAAUUAUUGACCCAACCGGAAAUAAACCGAGACUCCAUUUACGCAUGGAAGUUGCGCUAUUCCGAUCUGGUAGAAGAGAUGUUCCCGAUAGAUGAUGGAGAUGAUGGGCGGGAGAAAGUCAAAGAAAACGAGGAAGGAGCGGAGGGUGAACCGGAAGAGCCAAAGAAACCGGAAGCAGAGAAAGAAGACGAAGAAGUAAAAUCUAAAGAUGUAGAAGGAACAGAGAAGGAAGUCAAAGAAGGAGACCGUGACGAAGGAGGAAACAAAUCAGAAGAAGAGGCUGUCACCUGCUCAAAUAACAACCAAGAAAAUUUGGAUGGGAAAAAAGAGUCAUGCGAGGGAGAAGAAAAUAUAGAUGGAACGCUGAAUGUAGCAAACGAAGAGCAACAGUCAGGCAAUGGACGGGAGGAGGCAGAUGUAAAAGGAAAUGACUGUGCGAUAACAAACAACAAUCAAAACGAAGUUAAAGGUGCACCGCUGUCAAACUUGAAGCAAACAUUGCACGAAACAGGAACUGAACAGGAAAGGCAUGACAAGGAGAAAGAAAUUUCAAGCGGUCAAGAGGAAGGCGGAAAACUUAAGAGUAACGUUGCUACUGAAGAUACUCAUUUUUGAUUCGUGAAAAACGGAAGAUAUAGCAUGACAGGACAAUGUCACUGUAGGUAGCGAAAUAGGUAACCGUGUCAAACAACGGAGAAGAGUCAACGAACUUCUCACAUUUAGGCAAUUGAUAAACCCAGCGUCAUAUUCAAGCUAGAUGGGAUAAUUGAGAGAAUUGGAGAGGUUAUAACAAUGCGAGGCGACAGAACAUUAUUCAGACGGCUCUAAAUUUAACACUAAUCGUGCCUAGCUCGUAGCUCACGAGCUUAUCCUUUUUCAGUCGUUUAAAUGACUGAAAUGGCAAUUAUUCUGUUAAUUAUGAAAUUGCCUGCAUUUAAAGCCCCAAGAGAGGGUGUUUUUAAACAGUCUAAACCUUUACAAAUACUGUGAAACUCAGAACGUCGUGAACAACGGAAUGAUUGGAGAGUGUUUGAAUUACUCUUCUAGGAAAAAGUAAGUAGCGAAAAAACUAAUCCGCAAACAGAAAUAAUUCCCAAUUUAUGGAUUUGAAGUUUUCUCGCGUGUACAGAAUUUUAAUCGUAAUCGAAGCAAAUCGGAAGUGUGCACGGUUUUCUGAUUUUCACAAGAAGCACUCAACGAUACUGUUUACGCUUCACGCAAUCGUCGAUUGCGUGACAAUAAUGAUUCGUCAUGAUCAAAGCUCGAGCUUAUUUGAGUCGUUGUUGACUCAAAUAAUCCAUGCUGGUACUUAAUUAUCACGAUAUGAGAACAGCAGAGCUCAGAUAAUCUCGAUAUUGUGGCGUUAAAGCCAUACAAAUUUUAUCGAAUUUCACUACAAAUUAUUUUAUGCGACAUAAAUGGAAUAUAUUCAUAAGAGGUUGGCCUACGUUUUGAGUGCCUUGUAGGCGCAAAUUUUUUUUUCUGUUAAUGUGAAAAAAAAUGUACCCGCUUCUUGAGUCUGAAAAAAAGGAUGCGAAAAGUUAAACAUCUUGGAAAAAGUUCUAGUAUAAGGUGAAAACAAAUGAGAAUUGAGUACUAGUAAAAGUUUGGCAUAAAAGUUCGCUUUCCUUGUUGGGUUACAGUUUGCCUAUCCCAAUAAGCUCACUAGCUAGUAGAGUUCACAUUAUUCAUUUUGUUUUUUUUAUCUUUGUUUUCAAAAUGACACUGUUCAAUUUCACGAGGCAGUGAACAUUCAUGUUUGUGUUCUCGGUGAAAUGUUUGUGCCACCUCUUACAGUUAUCGUGUUACGCAGUGUGGAGUUAAUGGUCCUUGAGAGUAGAAUAACCCACAGCCUUGUUUUGCUUUAUGUAUUUUGGCCAUUUUGUGAAGAAGAAUUGAUACGAGAGAUGCCGCAGUGACUGAGACAAGGAAAGAACUAUCAGCGAAAAAAAUGUCAACGGUUUGCUUUGGUGACCUUUAAAGAAGAAAAACGGUAGUUUUCCGAGAAAUGAAAAUAUCCUUUGCAGUAAUUGUUUCUUAAUCGUACUCAAAUCAACAUGUACAUAUCCAACUGAAUUUAUGAACAAUGUGGUCAGCAGUCGCCCCCAAUUGCGUGGCAAGCGUAGUUGUUCUCACACAAGAUUAGACUUUUGAUUAGACAAACCGCAACAAAACUACAUAAUCGUAUUUUAUAUACGCGAUUAAAGAUGUUUUCUAAAAUGUUAACUUAAGUAUGUCAUCUUUAAAAUGGUGCCGUUGUUUAAAAUCAAUAAAGAAAUAAAUAUUUAGCAUCGCAAUUUCACCAUC